UCGUUGAACUGACUGCGAACUCUGCAGCGCCUAUCUUGAGCACUACUCGAUACUGCCGCAAGAUGGCAGCAGCGUGACGUGGACGCCCCAGCUGCCGUAAAACCUCCCUUCGGAGUCGAAAAAGGCGGAAGUUGACCAGGCUCGACGACCGACGACGGAACAAAAGGGCAAAGCAAACGAAUCGAAGUCAUUCGAGUAAAAAACACCAAAAUGUUGAAAGAAUUGGUGCAGGAGCGGCUGAUGGCGGCGGCCGAUGAAAUAUUCGCGCUGUUUGAGAGAACGAUAGCGUGCUACGAGGAGGAACUUUCUAGAACGAGAGAGGAAAAGGAGCGCCAUCGACGACUGGAAGCUGCUAGCCAAACUCAAAGUGUGCUACAUGAUAUUGAAGCAGAUGUCCAGCAGCUGAUUGGUCAUCAAGACGAAUAUCCCCCUCAGCUGCAAGGAUGGAUCACCACUCCGGAGCAGGAGGAUCCACAGCCCCCUCGCAUUAAAGCGGAGGAGGACGAACUCGGGAUCACUCAGGAAGGCGAGUGUCUUCUCGGGUCAAAUGGGGCUGAUCUCACAAGUUUGCCACUGCCUGGUGUCUCUGUGAAGACUGAAGAUUAUGAAGAGAAACCACCCGAGUCCUCACGGCGUUAUCACAGUCAAAGUGAGGAGAACGGAGGGGCGGAGCCUCCGUGCAGCAGCUUACUGCAACACAAGACUACAGAAAUGGACGGAGACCACUUUGGAGCUCCACUAUCAGAUAGUGACGAUCAAGACAGGGUUGAAGUACCUUUGAGCAGCGACACAGACUGUGAAGAUUAUAUGAGGACUCACACUGACAACAAAUAUCGUAAAUGCUCGAAAAGGAAAACAGUUGGCACCGAAUGUUUGACCUGCUCAGUUUGUCUCCGAAGUUUUUUUUAUAAGAAAGAUUUCGCUCGACACAUGAGAACACACACAGGGGAAAAACCCUUUGCUUGUUCCGUUUGUGGUCAAAGAUUCGCUCAAAAUCCACACUUGAUAUCACACAUGGCAACACACACAAGAGAAAAACCCUUUGUUUGUUCAGUUUGUGGUAAGAGAUUUACUCUCAAAUCCAAUUUGGCGGUACACAGCCGAACACACACAGGAGAAAAACCCUUUGUUUGUCCAGUUUGCGGGAAGAGAUUUACCCUAAAGUCCUAUUUGACUGUGCACAGCAGAACACACACGGGAGAAAAACCCUUUGUUUGUUCCGUCUGUGGUAAGACGUUUUCUCAAAAGCCACACCUGAUAACGCACAUGAGAACACACACAGGGGAAAAACCCUUCACUUGCUCAGUUUGUGGUCAGAGAUUCUCUCGCAAGUCGGCGAUGGUGAUACACAUGAGAACACACGCACAUUAAAAAACUGCUCGAGGACAGUUGGGUUCCGCCGCAUGUAAGAAAUAGAUUAGAUGAUGACAUUUUCAAGCUACUGUAUAUUACGCAGGCUUGCUCAGCUUUCCACUUCCGAAACAAGUCCAUCCAAUGUCUACAAUCUCUGAGAAAGCUCAGACACGCCCUUGCAUGCACCUGUUUAGUUUUGUACUGGUAAAGAAAACCUUGAAUUUUUUUGUCUCAGACCCUAAAUGACUGUUGUGUGACGGGAUGGAGUUGGGUUGAUGUGUAGUAAAUGAAUAAGUUAAUAAAGCAUACCUGCCAACUACUCCGGUUUUCCCGUAAUUAGUACGGUUUUCAUCAACCUAUUCCGG